AUGUAUGCAAGAAUUAAUAGCUAUGAAUGUCCUGUGGCUCUGAAACCACCUAUGGUAAAACAAAUUAUGUCAAAAGAUGGAACUUCAACUGCGCAUAUUCAGCCUAAUCGUAAAAAUAGAAAAAAAAAUAACAUAAAAACUAUUUUAGAAAUAUCUAAUUACUUUGAAUGGAGUUGGCCAAUUGAGAAGCCACAUGCAGGAUUUAUAUGCCCACAUCCAUUAUCUGGUUUUGGAAAACCAAAUUAUAUUUCACUUGCUCAAAUCUACAAACUACUUAAAUCAGAUAUUGAACAACUGCAACCUGAAUAUUCAAAUUAUAUGAUACCUUAA